GCGGAGGAGCCGGUACCAGCUCUCACUCUGCCUCCUCUGAGCCGUGCGGGCGGGGGGGAGGGGCUACCUCGCAAAACCCCGCCCGCCGAGCUCCCUCUGUGUCCUCCUUGCCAUGCGGGCGGGGGGGAGGGACCACUAAGCGAAACCCCGCCCGCCGAGCUCCGCCAUCGCCGGGGAUUCCUCCCGGCACCGCCGCUUGCAGAGGCAAGUGAGCGCCCUGCCAGCGGGGCCGGAGGGUCCCGAGGGGGGCUCCCAUUGCGGCGCUGAGCUCCAACAGGGGGUGGGGCCGGACUGAAGCGCUCCGGAGGCCGCGACCUCCGAGCACGUGGGCGCACCCGCCCCCCUGCAGCUGGUGACAAGCCCGGCAGCCACCCGCAGCUGCGCUAAAAGGUCC